CAUUACUGUUAGAUUUCUUUUGGCUGCAUGUUUUUGUUUGUUUUACUCCCUCCGAAUUAGAGCAAAUGCAGAUGUUCAUAUUGUUAGAGACAUUUAUUAUUAUUUCCUAAUGAAAGAAUGUAUUCUUCCAUUGAUAAAAGCCUUACACUCGUUUUCAUAGGUGUAUGCGUGUCUUUUCAAGUAUACAUGAAAGUGAAAGCAAGCUUAUGUAAAGCUCCUCCGAGAAGAAAGGCACAUUCCCUGAAAAGGUUUCAGGAUUGUUUAAUAGCAGUUUGGAGUAAGUGUAACAAUGGCAAAAUCUCCCACUUUUGCAAAAAACAUCUUUCAAAGGUUGACGAUGAGAAGAUCCAAAAAGCAAUCCACCAGUGACAACUUUGAAAUCAACAACACAGAGAUCCCUCUAAAGCCAUGCACAGUUUUGAAGAUCAGAGAUUAUAUACAAACAGAUAUGCUGAAGGAGGCCUAUCUGAACCUGCUCUCUAUGCGCCUGAAGCUCCAGAAAGAAUGGGAAGCUGUAGGGGAAGGAGCUCCUCCCACGGAUCUUGUUAAUAAACAGACGGAUGCCAGUAUGCUACUUGGGACUCUAAGAAACAAAAUGUCUGUCAUUGUACGCAACUCCAGUGCUCUGCCCUCAUGCAAUAAAGAGCUGUUGGUGUAUGUAACACACAUUAUCCUGGAGGAAGAGAAGAGACAGGGAGAACCAGGAGCGAUGCAGGGAUGGAGGGAAGCUUGGAGGGAUGCGAUACGAGACGGGGUUCAAGAUACUCUAAAGAAAGUUCAUCUGGACAGCCACGAGGAGAAUGCUUCCUGGUUGGCAGUGCAUCUGGGGCUUCUGGGUAAAGCUGUGGUGGAGGAUUUGGAGAGAGUGAAGACCGAACUUCUGAGCUCAUAUCCAGAAGACUUUAAUGUGUUUGAAACCUAUGUGUCCUGCCAUCGUGAGGCUGUAGGAGAGCAUUUAAAGAUACUUCUGGAAAAGGUGACAGAGCUGAAAGAUUACUACGCUCUUCUAGAUUUCAUUGUUCAUCGCUACCCUAGUGAUCUGAGAGACAAGCAGAGAACUCUUAUAAUGGAAGAAGACUUGCUAAAUAAAAUAAAGACCUUAUACUAUCAUCGCCAAAUGGACGACUUUAAAUCUGCACUGGAGAAUAUCAUCAUAAUUGAAAAAGAAGUGUGGACAAUGAAGAAAACUCCUUAUAGAACAGAUGAUGGAUUCCUCACUUCGGAAACCUACAUGGACAUCUGUAAGCUGAUAGCAAGUUAUGCUGGGAAUCUUGAGAAGAUCGAUGAGAAUCUGGGGAAGUCAGUGGUACGCUUUUGUUUAGAGGAGCUAAAUCCAUUUCAUACAAGAUUUGAAGAAGAGUUUUCACAACACACCAGCUCUCUGUUGACCUCUGACCUGCUGGACUGCUGUCUAUGGGUACAAUAUCACAUCAGCUACAUCAACAGUUUUAAUUCACUUAAAGAGAAUAUGCAGUGCUAUAAGGAGAACUGUUCAGCUCAGGUGGAGCAGCUGGAGAAACAGGUGGAUGAACUGAUUCAAAGACUUAGCCAGACCCUGAUAAAUCAUUUCAAAACUGAUGUCAAGCCUUACAUUGAUGGUAUGAUGACAAAAAAAUGGCUGAAAACAGAUGAAGAUUUUAGAGAAAUUGCUUCUAGAAUAGAGAAUUAUCGUGGGCUCUGUAAAUCCAUGAGAGCUCCAUCAGCUCAAGUUUUUGUGAAUGGUGUGCACUAUUAUGUAGCCAGAGAAUAUGUCUCCCAGCUGAUGAAGAAAAAAUAUUCAUGCAAAAAAAACAAGAACGAAGAUGCUGCCGCAAAAAUGAGAGAACAAUGGAAUGAACUCAAGAAACUAUUUGAGGACAUGGGAUCAUCCUUAAACUGGCUUUAUCCAUUGGGAGAUUACCUUAGCGACAUUAUUGGAAUGAAAAAUGAGAAAAAGAUAAAAGAACUGUUAAUUCCAUUAGUUAGUAAUUACCCAGACAUCAGCAAGAAGCAGUUAUCAGCUGUUCUGUACUUCCGAGACAACAGUUUUAGCUUGGAAAAGCACAAUGUUAUCAAUCAGUUUACUGUGCUUAAACGGGAUGGUUUGAACACAAAUCAUGAUCACUCCUUCUUCACUGACAUUGAGUGAUAUUUCUUUUGGCCACUCUGCAGCUUCAAGAACCAUCAGGCUAAGAAACAACAAAGGCAAACUAUGAGGAAAAAUAAUAUAAUAAUAUAAAAAUAACAAUCUUGAUAAUGUUAUUAAGAAAAACCUGUACAGUACAUUACACACUUGACUUCUCUUACUCUCUGGCUACCUAUAUACUAAUUCUCACACUCUCCCCCCCAACUGUGUCAAAAAAUGGAAUUACAACAGACAUUCAAUACAACAUAAUGGCUCUUACACGCUCUCUCUGCACUGCUAAAAAAAACACCCAUGAUCUGAAAACACAGACAAACAUAUGUGGGAGUUUAUUAAUCUCCAUUACCAUAUUCUGCUCACAUGAAAGUGUAAUACAGCCAGUCUGUGUUCCUUCACGAGGCUGCAUGUGCUGUUUGCUGCAAUGCUAAAUUUGUAUGCUAAGCUUCUCUGAUGAAUUGUAAUAAAUCCAAACAUGAAUUUUGACUAUGUGGUUUGCAAUUGCAGUUGCCGUAUAAAUGUAUUUACACAA